GCCAUGGAUGGAGGGAGACAAGAAUUCGUGCUGGUGUAGGUUUAUCUGUUACGUAGCAGCAUGCCCCCCUUAUCUAACACACUCUCCUGUAAACACAUGCUUAAGUAACACAUAAGUAUUACUUAACUGAUGUGUGGGGGAGAGAGAGAGAGGGAGAGAUUUGAAAAUUAACUCGGGAAGACACGGAACCACCUUGCUCCAGUUCAUUUCUCUUACCUAAUACUGUCUUUAUAUACACAGACACACACACACAGAGACACAGAGAGAGAGAGAGAGAGUAUUUCUCACUAGAAGUACAAGUAGUCACAGUUUUGUUCCUUCGUCGCUCGGUCUUGUAGCAGCCAGCCUAUAAGUUAGAGGAUCUAUCGGGGCGGGUUUGUGUUCAAAAGAGUUCUUCUUCUGGGGCCAAAGAGGGAGGGAAAAACAAGACUGUUCUUGCUGUAUCGGUAGCAUUCUGCAGAUCAAUUUCCGUUGAAACCCAUCGUCAUUCUAGACUCUUUUUUUCUUGAAUAUAGAUUGGAAUAUCGUCUUGAAGUCAAUGGUUUGGUUCUUUCCUCCUAUAGUAUUUUCCAAUUUACCGGGUCUUGAGGGGGAAGGAUUAAAGAAUUAGUGUAAGUUGCAUUCUUUAAUUUCGACCCCCUUUUGUUCAUGGAAUCUUGAAACAGAGAGCAAUGAGUGCAUAGUCAGAUUCUUGACUGCCCGGCUUCUGAGAGCAGCGAGUUUGAGUAUUGUUCUGAAACAAAGUUUUGAUUUUUGACCUUUUUGUCAAAUGGGUUUUGUUUUAUCUGUGGAUUUGGUAUGAUAUCAGAGGGUCGUGGUGAUUAUCCAAAGGAGAGGGCUUGCCGGGUUGAGGUUUAAUCGAAGGUCUGGAGUUUUUUGAGGUUGAAUUACUGAGAAUGUCGGAGUCCAAAUCCUUAGGGAUGUCAGAGAAUAGUAAGGAGCUGAGGUCCCUGGCCUUGACUCCAACAUGGUCUGUUGCUACUGUACUCACCAUAUUUGUUGCCGUUUCACUGCUUGUGGAACGCUCGAUUCACCGGUUGGGUAAUUGGUUGAAGAAAACUGAUAGAAAACCUCUGCUUGCCGCUGUGGAGAAAAUGAAGGAAGAAUUGAUGCUUCUUGGCUUUAUAUCGCUCCUCCUCACAGCAACUUCAAGUAUUAUAUCUAACAUUUGCAUACCAUCAAAGUUCUACGAUAGUGCAUUUGCCCCGUGCACAAAGAAGGAAGUUGAUGAGGAAAGGGAAAAUAAUAGUUUUAAGGAGCGUAGACUUUUCAUGGCCUUCUUUGAUCCUCGGAUGCAUAGGAGAAUUUUGACGGGUCUAAAUCAGAAUACCUGCCCAGAGAACUACGAACCAUUUGUGUCAUAUGAAGGGCUUGAGCAACUCCACCGGUUCAUCUUUGUUAUGGCAGUUACACAUAUAUCUUACAGCUGCCUAACAAUGUUGCUGGCCAUCGUAAAGAUACACAGUUGGAGAGUAUGGGAGGAUGAGGCUCACAUGGACAAACAUAAUUCAUUAAGUGAAAUCACGAGAGCAUUGACAAUGCAAAGGCAAUCUACUUUUGUCAGAGUCCAUACAUCAAAUCCUAUGGACAGGAACAGCUUUCUCGUGUGGGUGACUUGUUUCUUCAGGCAGUUUGGGCGUUCAGUAGUGCGUGCCGAUUACCUUACCCUCCGCCAGGGAUUUAUUACGAACCACAACCUCACAUCAAAAUAUGAUUUUCACAGCUAUAUGAUUCGCUCCAUGGAAGAAGAAUUUCAACGGAUAGUGGGUGUUAGUGCUCCACUUUGGGGAUUUGUCGUUGCUUUUAUGCUGUUCAAUGUAAAAGGAUCUAAUCUCUAUUUCUGGAUUGCACUUAUCCCUGUCACUCUUGUUCUACUAGUGGGCACAAAACUGCAGCACGUUAUAGCAACAUUGGCACUAGAGAGUGCGGGAAUAAGUGGGAGUUUCUCUGGACCUAAGUUCAAACUCCGUGAUGAGCUGUUUUGGUUCAACAAGCCCGAACUGUUGUUGUCCUUGAUUCAUUUUAUCCUUUUCCAGAAUGCAUUCGAGCUCGCAUCAUUCUUCUGGUUCUGGUGGCAGUUUGGGUACAGUUCUUGCUUCAUAAGAAACCACUUCCUUGUGUAUCUACGGCUCAUCGUCGGGUUUGCAGGGCAAUUUUUAUGCAGCUACAGCACCUUGCCGCUCUAUGCACUGGUUACUCAGAUGGGAACAAACUACAAGGCAGCCCUAAUUCCAAAGAGAAUACGAGAGACGAUCCAUGGAUGGGGAAAGGCAGCUAGGAGAAGGAGAAGACUGGGAAUUUUCACUGACGAUUCGACCAUCCACACUGAUACGAGUACAGUAGUAUCAGUGGAGGAAUACGAUCAUCACUACCUAGAUAGUCCUCGAUUUGCCCCUCAACCGGGUGCACAGAUUGAGCUGCAACCAACAACUAUUGAUAUUAAUGACGACUUACCGGUUGCUAACGAGACGUCGAGUCGGGUUGGAACACCUCUCCUGCGUCCAUCUGCUUCUAUUUCUUCGGCUGUGGCAAACAGAAUCCUGCCGGAGAUGAUAUCAAGAUCGUCCUCAAUGCCACAUUAGGGAAAGUCAACGAGGCGGAUUAUAGUUUAGUUUGAUGUUGAUACUUCUAUAGGUAUUAGUUGUAACAUAGCUGGUAGAUGAAAACAAUUAUACACAAGUUCAUGUUGUUGUAUAAAAAAUACAACAGAAUGAUAGGAAAUUGAUCCUGGCUCAAAA